AUGGAUGAGAAACAACAGAGGCAAAGGAUUGAUCCCGCCACUGGCCUGCCAUAUGGUGCUGUAGCUGGUGCAUCAGCCAUUCCAGUGCGUAAAACUGUCAAAAUAGGUAGGCCGGGGUAUAAAAUCACGAAGAUUAGAGACCCAACUACUAGGCAAGUGGGAUUACAGUUUCAGAUCAAGUAUCCUGAAAUUGGUCUCGACGUCAUCCCUCGAUACAGAUUUAUGAGUGCCUUUGAACAGAAGGUUGAUAUGCCACAGGACCGUAAUUAUCAGUAUCUGCUCGUGGCCGCUGAGCCCUAUGAAACAUGUGCCUUCAAACUUGAAUCCAACGAAAUCGAUAGGUCCCCUGGAAAGUUUUGGACUUAUUUUGAUAAAGAUACUAAUGACUAUUUUAUCCAACUGUUUUUCAAAAAGUUACAUCGUGCAUAG